GCCAUUUUCUUCUUCUUCUUCUCCAAGUUUUUACUUUUCCAUCUCACCCUAAAAUCUAUAUCUAUAUAUUCAUUAUAUUAUAAAUAUAAAUUUGUCGCCUUUAUUUAUUUAUUUCAAUUAAAAAUAAAUAUAUAGAUAUAGAUAUAGAUAUAUAAAGGAUUGAGAAAGAAAGAUGUUAAUUAGUAGUAUAUACAGAGGAAUGAAUCGGAUAUCGAGAAACAGAAGUUAUUAUACCAGAUUCUUACACUCAUUUUCCACACUUCAUCAUCACUUACCUCAUUACACGACGAUAACCACCACUCGAUUUAGCUCCGCAUCUCAAGAGGUUUUGGGUUGCAGAGUAAACUAUCCAUUGAUUUCACGCCCCUUUAGUUCUGGUGGGACACAACCCCAGUAUGAAGGAUCUUCCGUUGACGAUCCAGUGGACCCAUUUUCUCUCGUUGCCGAUGAACUAUCGAUUGUUGCUAAUAGGUUGCGAUCAAUGGUUGUUGCAGAGGUGCCAAAGCUUGCCUCUGCAGCCGAGUAUUUCUUUAAGAUGGGUGUUGAAGGGAAGAGGUUUCGCCCCACUGUUAUUCUAUUAAUGGCGACUGCUUUAAACGUUCAAAUCUCUAAACCGGUGUCAGAAGGGGUUGUUGAUAUGUUUUCAACAGAGUUGCGCAUGAGACAACAAGCUAUUGCUGAAAUCACUGAGAUGAUCCAUGUUGCCAGCCUUCUUCAUGAUGAUGUGCUGGAUGAUGCUGAUACAAGACGUGGGAUUGGCUCUCUUAACCUUGUAAUGGGAAAUAAGAUCUCAGUAUUGGCUGGAGAUUUCUUGCUUUCUAGAGCUUGUAUGACCCUUGCUUCUUUGAAAAACACUGAGGUUGUAUCCCUAAUAGCAAAAGCUGUGGAACAUCUUGUUACUGGAGAGACGAUGCAAAUGAGUACGUCUGCCGAGCAGCGUAGUAGCAUGGAUUACUAUUUGCAAAAGACAUACUACAAGACUGCAUCACUGAUUUCAAAUAGCUGCAAAUCCAUUGCUCUUCUUACCGGCCAAACUGCUGAGGUUGCUAUGCUAGCAUAUGAGUAUGGGAAAAAUCUGGGUCUGGCAUUCCAGUUAAUUGAUGAUGUUCUCGAUUUCACAGGCACAUCAUCAUCUCUUGGGAAGGGCUCAUUAUCUGACAUACGCCAUGGAAUUGUCACUGCUCCAAUAUUAUAUGCAAUGGAGGAAUUCCCGGAAUUACGUUCAGUUGUUGACAGGGGUUUAGACAACCCUGCGAACGUGGAUCUCGCUCUAGAGUAUCUUGGUAAAAGUCAUGGUAUACAAAGAACAAGGGAACUAGCAGCGAAGCAUGCCAGUCUUGCAUCAGCCGCAAUUGAUUCCUUGCCGGAGAACAACGAUGAAGAUGUUCAAAGAUCAAGGCGUGCACUGAUAGAAUUAACACACAGAGUUAUCAAUAGAACAAAGUGAAGAAGUAGAAGAUCAAGUUGGCCCAGCUCAAAGCAGAUAUAUAGAUGUGGAAGAAUUUUUUUGAAUGCAGUUUUAGGCUUUACUUACGAUUACCCAAUAAUCAUUAUCUGCAAGGAAAUAUUAAAAUUAGUUAUACUUGGAAUGCAAUUCAUUUCAUAAUUCCAUAGAUUGGAAUUUUUGUAGAUGAGUGUGGUGUUUUACAGGGUAGUUUUAUUUUCUGCUGUGAUGAAUUUUGAGUUUAAUUGUUCUAUAUAGCUUUGCUUUUACCUUUUA